AUGCCAACUGCAACUAAUAUUCAGUACUUCGAUGAGAAAUUUCCCGUUCCUUUCUCCGCAAAAGGAAUUUCACAUCAAUUUUUCAGACUCAAUAAUGGAUUAACCAUUUUAAUAAUCUCUGAUCCAACAGAGCAAAUUUCAGCUGCCUCAUUGUCAGUUGCAACGGGCCAUCAUGCUGAUCCCGAUGGUAUGUCUGGAUUGGCACACUUAUGCGAGCACAUGGUGUGCGUUAGCUCCAAAGAAUUCCCGGAAAUAGACAAAUACAAAAAAAUGGUUUAUCAAUCUGGAGGAAGUUGCAAUGCAGUUACCGUAGGUGAAAGAACUUCAUUUUUCUUCUCUAUUCCAACAAACUCAGAAAAGUUCGAGGAAAUACUUCAAAUCUUUGCUACUUAUUUUAGACAUCCUCUUUUUAAUAGUGAUUAUGCCAAUAGAGAAGUUAUUGCAAUCGACAAUGAGCAUGAGAAAAACAUGACUAGACCAUCGAGAAUAUGCUUUCAGGGAUUACGGAUACUUUCAAAUAGAAAUUCAGAGUUUCAUCGUUUCUCUACUGGAAAUUAUGAUACUUUAAGUCAAUUGCUUUCAGGAAAUAAUGCAACCGCUAUUCUUAAAGAAUUCUUCGAUACCGAAUAUCUUCCUCAGCACAUGACCCUCACGUUAAAAUCUUCAUUUUCUUUGAAUCAACUCAGAAAGCUGGCUGUUUCGUGUUUCUCGGAGUUGGGAAAUCGAACAUCUUCCCUGGGAAAAUUACAUAUGUUUAAAAAAUCUCAUAAGCAAUUGGCAUCUCCAAAACAAUCAGUUCAUAAUCUUGAUCAAUUACAUAUAACUGAAAGUGUUUGGCUGCCACGUUAUGAAGAAUCACCUUUCAAUCCAGAGAACCUCAAUAGAUGCAUUUUGAUUAAUUCUACAGACAGCGAUCCUUUGAUGAGAUUGGAUUUCAUUUUAAACCAGAGUUCACUUGACCUUACUCCUAAGGAACUUGCAAUUUUCAAGUCAUUCUGGUGUGAUAUAUUGGGGUCGGAGUCUAGAGGAAGUCUUAAUGAGAUUCUCUUUGACAAUCAUUAUAUAAGUGAGCUUAUCACAAGAGUGAAUUUUGUUUCAAGUACCACAUCGUGUUUGGAGAUACAAUUAAAGCCGACGGCCCUCGGUAUUAAUGAUUUGGCCAAACUUAUACAGUAUAUAUUCAUGAGUUUAUCCUGUAUAUGUGAUGACACUGAUGAGAAGCAGGUUUUUCAAGUGGCAAAGAUGCUUUCAGAACACAAUGGAAUUGAGCUGUAUAACUUUUAUCAUUCAGAAUUGAAUAUCAACACUGCAGGGAGUAUUCGUGUUCUCAGUGAGCGUCUUUUAUCCUCUUUUGCCAUGAUCUCACAGUGGUUCUUUUCUGGAUCACCAAAUUUUGAUUUCAGUGAUCAUCAAUUUAAAGGAGCAUUCGAGGAAGGUGAAGACUGUGAACAAUUUUGGAUGAAUGAAGCAAAACGAUUUAUGAAAUUUGUCAAACGUAUAUGUGUGCCAGAAAGCAUGGUGUUCUGCUUGGUUUGUAAUCAAAGGCUAUGCAAAAACUUAAGUUGGCUUCCCCAGAAACAAAAUGGAACGGACAUACAUUAUAACUUUGAUUACAGUAUUAGAACUAUACCAAUCUCGUAUAUUAUGAAUAUGCAGCAGAACUCAAUCGAAAUGAGUCAGCUUAAACUACCAAAAGCAAACAUAUAUGCCCCAUCGAUUAUCUACCUUCAAACACGGCAACUUGGAUUAAUGGAUAAGACAACCCAAAGUGCCGCAAAUGCCAGCUUGGGAUUUGCUGUGCAGAAUAACAGUAACUCGUUUCUUCCGAGACUUUUUGUUUCAUCAGAUGGCUACCAAGUUUGGAUUAAAAAAGAGACGGAUCCAGUUUAUGUUGAUAAGCUCUUACUUAGUGCUGAAAUUACAUUUGUUUCCGGUUCCCCAACAAUAUAUCAGGUGAUUGCGCUUGAACUUCUUUGUAUUAUUGUCAAAACCAAAUUGAGAAAAGAAUUAUACUCUGCUCUUACAGUUGGAUACGUAUACGAUAUAAUUCCAUCAUUUAAAGGAGAUGCAGGCUUGAUUAUACAUAUUGGUGGUCCAAAGCAGUACAUAUAUCGGUUGUUUGAACGUAUUAUUUUCGAAUUGAAGGAUAUUGUUUCAAAUUUGCGUGCAACAGUGCAGAAUUCAGAGUUCAGAAAAGCUCGUUCUAGCUUGUUAAAGAAGUAUGCCACUGGUGAAACAAUGCCUUCACAUGCCCUUGCAUCUCUAGGAUUAAUGGCAAUAAUGGAAGAGAAUACUUGGCUUUUGGAAGAUAGAAUCAGUGCAUUGGAAGAUAUCAAUUUGGAAACAACAGAUGACAUUUACCAUGAACUUUUUGAAAAGGCAUACAUCACUUUAUUCAUUCAAGGCGACAUAAAUAAAGACAACAGUCUGCAGAUAAGAAAACUCUUGUCUUCUAUACAUGAAGUCAUCAAAACAUUUUGUGGACAACAAGUGAAACAACCAUCUACUAUUUGUCUCAAAGCAGGAAGUAACUUUACAUGCAAAGCAGUAUGUAAGGAUCCAUCAAACGCUAUUUCCUACUUCAUACAAUGCUCUAUGAGAAACAUUCAGUACUCAAAAGCUCUGACAAGAUUCGCAGCAUUUACACUAUCAAACUCUUUGACAAGAAAACUCCGUUUUGAGUAUCAGAUAGGUUACAUAGUGUUGGUUGGUUUAAGGGUUUUUCGGAAAGUUGAAGGUAUUCAUGUUACAAUUAUGAGUGGACAACUCAGCCCUGAAUCAAUCGAAUCAAAAAUUGAAGAAUGCAUAACAGAGUGGUACAACGAAAUACUUGAAAAGUUAGAUGAUGAGAAAUUCAAUCGAAUGUACAAAUCACAAUUUUUGUAUAAUAAGCACGGAGGAAAUGGGGCCCUUACCAGCGGCGGUCCAUCAAGUAUUACACAAAAUUUCCUUAUGUCAGAUCCGGCCAAUAGUACUCUUGGUAAGCGUCAUCAAGGGUUCUGGGACCAAAUAGUUAAUCGUUCAUACAGAUUUUCUCAUGACACUGCAGGUGAAGAUGAUAUAGACAUAAGUUACAUUCGGAAACUCACACUUGAUGAAUUCAAGAGUUUUAUCGCAAAAUAUAUUUUGCCUAGCUCCAGAACUAGAAUCAAGAUUUCAGCAAUGGUCAGCAGUUCAGCUUCUAAAGAAGAGAUUGAAGAACAGUUGCGUCCUGUAAGGAUGUAUUGCUUCCUAUCCUCACUCGGUCUACCUAUUAAAAAGGAUAAGUUGGAACAGAUUUUACAAGAAUCUGGCUCUUCUAAGUUGGCUCUAAGUAAGAAUUUGCUUAGAUACUAUCGAAAGCAAGGAAAAAGCAUUCGUCUCAUCUUGGCAGGGAUCACGAAAAUUACUGCUGACACAUCUCUGAGCUGGAGAACAAAAAAGAGUGAUGACGGUACUUCUCAAUCGUCAAUGGCCACUGAAAUUAACAUUCAUACAUUACAGGAAUGGCAAAAAACGAUUGGAUUCAUUCCAUGUGAAAACUUACACGAGAUAUUGGCCCAAUUCCAAAAAUAA